CCAAAUAGGGAAGCGGACAGUCAGCAAUCGCCGAGCUUCGCUCCUUAGAGGGCCCACCCUGGAUCUCUCAGCCAUAUUUUGGGGGAUUCGGAGGAUGACUGCUGCGACUGAACGGGUAGGCUUUUGAGUGCAUUGGUCCGAUUCCCUCCCUAUAAGGAAGCGAACAACUUUUGCUAAGCAGGAUGAAUCCCAGCGAAGGUGCGGCGCCACUGGAGAAAUACAAGCUGGUGGUGGUCGGUGGAGGCGGCGUGGGCAAGAGCGCCCUAACCAUUCAAUUCAUCCAGUCUUACUUUGUUUCUGAUUAUGACCCCACAAUUGAGGACUCCUACACCAAAAUCUGCAAUAUUGAUGGUACCUCAACCCGGCUGGACAUUCUGGACACUGCUGGUCAAGAAGAGUUUGGAGCUAUGCGGGAACAAUACAUGCGCACAGGAGAAGGUUUCCUCCUUGUUUAUGCUGUCAAUGAUCGGGGCAGUUUCAAUGAAAUCCACAAAUUCCACACUCAGAUACUUCGAGUGAAAGACCGUGAUGAGUUCCCUAUGGUCCUUGUUGGCAAUAAAACUGAUCUGGACCUUUAUCGACAGGUAACUGAAGAGGAGGCCCUUUACUUUGCUCGGGAAAACCGAAUCCCCUACAUGGAAGCCUCUGCAAAGGUCCGAUUCAAUGUGGAUGAGUCUUUCCAAGAGUUAGUCCGAGCCAUCAGGAGGUUUCAUGAAUCAGAGUCUCCCCCUGCCCCAGCCUUUCACCCCAAAAAGAAGGAACGCAAAAGCUGUCCUUGUUCCAUUCUGUAAACUGACACCCCAUAUCAAGCCACGCAGCCUGGAAGAGGAGGAGGAGCUGCUCAGAUUCCUUCCAACCAAGAAGACAGAGCAGGAUUUUCCUUCUUCCAUCUCUCCGACUACAAUCAGGGCUGGCACUGUGUAUUUUUUAGUUAUGCCAAAAUAUUACCAUUUUUCUCUUGUUGCACAGGAGUCUGUAAACUGAGAACAAAGCAGGGACUAGACAAGUUCUUCUCCUCCAACAUAUCCUGAAUCUAUGGGACAUGCAUUCAAUUUUGUUUGCUACUUUGCCCUCCAUUGUUCUUCCAUGGAAAUCACAUUAAAGAUGCCCCUUUUUCCCAAGGGGCAGAAAAGUUAUUCAUUUAGAUAAAAGGGGCACAGGAUUGUAGAUUUCACUGACAGUUCACUGAUACAAUAAGUUAAUGAAUAGGAAUCAACUGCAAAGGGUCAUUUAUUUCACUGCAGCUAAGGGCAAGCUUUUGCACAUACAUAGAUAUCUACAUGUUCAAAGAUAUGGUACAAAUGCAUUUUAAAAGGUACUAUAUUUUUUUUUAUUUUUUAUAUAUAUAUAUAUCAUAGCUUACAGAUGUAAGCCACACAUGGGCCAAACUGCAAGGGAAGCAGCUGCAAACAGAAUUACACUGUCCUGCAAGUUGCCAAUAUUGACUAUUUUGUUCCUAGAGCAGGGCUAAAAAGAAGCACACUUUAUAGCAGCAUUUUUUAAACUUAACUUUAAGAUGUUUAGACUUCAAUUUCCAGAAUGUGUGGAUCUCAGCUCCUAGAAUUAAUCAGCAAGAAGUCCCAAACCAGCAGCUGAAGUCUUCAAGUUGCCAAGUAUGAAAACAAUGCUUUACAAUAAGGAGAUUUGCAAUAUUGGGGGGGAACAGGGUGAAGCUAGCCAACUCUUGAUAUUUUAGGAGAAGAUUGUUGCCAUAUUGUAAACGUCACCUGGUCACAAAGCAGUUACUAUGAGAGGUAUGGUCAACUAUAAAAUAAAGCGUACAGUAGUUUUAUUAAAGCAACCAGUUUGUUGCAGUGAAAUGGUCACUGAGCAAAAUGAUGACUAAAUGAACUAUGUGACAUAGAGAAAUGCUGCAAAGAUCACUGGUUGCUGCCAUCUCAUUCAGAAAAUGUUAUCUUGUAUAGCACUGCAAGCAUUACUCUCCAGUAUGCAUUGUUGUCAGUGCAGAAAUUUGGUCAUAUGUAUGUACAUUGGUCAGAAAAUGGGUUUUUUUUUUUAUUACUGACUACUACUACUUGCCAUAUUUGUGAGCAGUCAUUAACUGCAGUAGCUACUAAACAAGAACUGGCUGUUUCCAUCAGGUCAAUAAAUGGUGAUGCUCCCUGCAGAGCUAUUUUACUAUAGUAGGUUCUCGAACAUUCUGCCACCCUAGCUUACGUUUUAAGAAGGCGAAGGUUCGAAAUCUUAAAUGCAUGCUAGAAUCAAGUUUCACUGCCAGACUGUUUUGUAAAAUGCUCAGUUCAAAAACUGCUCUGUUGAAGACAUGGCCAGCUUUUGUUAAAUUCAUUCUUUCUUCCCCACUUCUGUAAUGUGCUUGUAAGGGAAAAUGAUGUCAAGAACUUUUUUAAAAAAUUAGCAACCCCGUGCAUUAGUAAAUUUUCUUCUUAGUAGGGUUUCCCAACAUCUCCAGAGAUACUAUCAUGUUGAAGUAUACCAUUGUUAUUGAAAUAUCAGUACUGUAGUUGCAUGCAUGUCUAAUUGGAUGAUUUUUGCCAGUGGAUCCUUACAUUCUUGCAUGCUGUUCACUAUGUCCUUCUAUCAUUUUCAUUAUCUAAUACUUCCAUCAUCCAUCACCUUCCACAGACCUCAGAUGUGUUGAGAUUACAAUUCUCAGAUGAUAUUAGGGUGGGGUAGUGAUUAACAUGGUCAAUCUGGAUCUCUUUGAUUGUGGUUAUAGAAGUUUGCUGGGCCAGUUGCUACCUCCCAGUUACCUUUACCCUACCAAGUAGAUAUGGGAAAAAUGAAGGGGAAAGUGUUAGGCCUUGGACAAUAUACAAGUUAUAGAUACAAGCAGGCAAGACGACGUGCAUAACUAGAGGCAGCCAUCUGCUAGACAGCCUUCGCUUACAUAUCUGAUGCUCCUAGAAUAUAAAGAUCUGCAGUUUAUAAAGUGAGAGGAUGUAUUGAAUGUGCAAGUUUGAACUGCUAAGUUUAAUGUGCAAGUUGAACUGCUAAGUCUCUUGCUCGCUAUUCUCCUACCAUGCUGCAGAGCAUGGCUUUCCAGGUAUACAUGCCAAAGAGUCUCUUGAGCAAAGAUUAUAUAGUAAAGCCUUGGGGUUUUCCCCUUAAUUAUUUAAUUAAUUAAACUGAUUGUGGCAUAUGCCUUUAUAGACUAGAGCCUUUUUAUUAAUUUACAAGGCUACAGUUACAAAAAUGUGCUGUAGUGCCAAAAUAAAUAUUUUAAACUUCUGUGGAUGUUUUAAAUUUCUAAGGGAAGCAGCAACAUCUGACAGACUGUCAAUGUAAUUUAAAAUAUCCCAGAGUAUCCUUGUAAAUUUGCUGUUUCUGUUAAGCCAACAGUUCUGAAACAGCAUGGGAAAGUUUGUGAACUUCUGGUACAAAGUGUUAUUCUAAGGCCAAAAGGAGCAUGCAUACAUAUAUGUGCACAUAGGUACAAGGACAUAUUAGUGAAACUAUAAACUGAUUAAAUGAUAAAAUGGUCAUAGCUUGUGAAUGUAUGACUUAACCAUAAUUUUAAUAAAAGGGAAACAUUCCCAUUACCUGUGUGUAAUUUUACUGUGGUGGUACAUAAUAAGCAUAUAUAAAAGCGCAACAACACUAGGCUAAGGAGGCUGAUAUACUAAGCCACAAUAUGAUUUAUUUGCUUGAUCACAGCUUAUUCUGUGAAAAAAGUGCAUCCUAUAUGAACUUGGUCAAUCUUGUACUGUUAAUUCUACAAAGAGCUAAUUUUUCUCUAAAGAGGAGUCUUCUUUGGGGGGGGGGGCGGAGUGAUCUUGAAACAUUUCUGGGCCUGUUUCCUUUGUAUUGCUGUUCCCUUUGGUCCAACUUCCUAGUGAGGCUUAUGGCCAAUGGAAAGUUGUCAUUCCUCAUACACACCAGUCUUUAUGUGAUACUUUGACAAACUCUUCAGAACAAACUUCCCCAUCUUAAAAAAUAUGGGGCGGGAUAACUUUUUUAAAAAAUGCAUACUUUUGUAUCUUACACUACAUGUAUGUGUAUGUUUAGAUAUAUGGAGAAUGCUAUAAAUUUUAUAAUUGAAUUGCCUGUUGUGAGACAUUUAAUAUGUCUAUGCAUGAAAUGAAAAACAGUAUGCACUUUUAUAUACAGAAAGCUUGGGUGGGGGAAAAUUUUGAAAAUUAUAUAUAAAGUUUAUAGUAUAUUAAAAAGUAUUUGUAAUGACUCAGUAUGAAUUAAAAUGGAGAAUUAAAUGUGUUCUUUACUAAUCAAGUCUGGAAGUUCAAUAUUAAUGUUUAGAGAUUUAUGAUAGCCCUGGAGAUAUAAUUAUAAAACUGUAAUUUCUCCCAGAUAAAAAGUGCUUUCUGCAACCUGAAA